AUGUCCACCAUUUCGUCCCCCCGUCUAUCUACCACAUCCUCACACGCCACGUCGAUAUCAUCUCGCCGACCCUCUAUAGAUAACAGCUUGAACCCCAAUGCCAGCACUAGCGGACUCGGAAUCAAUAAUCAUACAGGCUCAUCCAUAAAUCGCGCAGUAUCUCCAGCUCAACGUCGAAACCGUGCCGCGCUUAGAGAUUACUACAAUAUCAAGUCAUCGACGGGUGACGAAGCGACAAGCUCGGCUACAGGUGCUCCUCGCUCGACUGAUGCAAGCGAACUUUUCGGAUCGCCGUCAAUUACUGUUACCUCUGAACUAGACAAUCCUGAUUUCGACGCACAAAAAUACAUUGACCAGUUACUGGCUACUUCCUCUCUAUCGACGGUUCUGAAGGCAGAGAAUACUUUGGUCGGCGACAUACGUACACUAGAUGGCGAGCGCAAGGCUUUAGUCUAUGAUAAUUACUCGAAAUUGAUUCGCGCAGUCGAGACUAUAGGGACCAUGCGACGGAGUAUGGAGGAACGAGGAGCGCCAUUGACGAUGACGAAAACACUUGGUCCCGCUGUGGCAUUUGUUGCUGAGACUGCUAGUGGCUUGAUCAAGGAAGGUGAAGAGCUUCGUCGCAGAGUUCAGGAUGCGAAGAGCAAGGCGACUGGGAAUAAGACGGCUGAACAGGAGACUGUGGAAUGGGCUUUGGGGACACCUGACCGACUCAGACAAUACUUGCGUGAGGGCCAGACAGAGAAAGCGCAAGAGGAUUGGGCAGAGAUUGAUCACCUAUUACAAUCUUGGAAAGGGGUCAAGGGGGUUGAAGAACUGAGAGCGGCUUGCGAAGAGAUCAUGAAAGAUCAGGAGAAGGAGUCUGUCCAUGUUUACGGACGAUGCCAUGAUUCGAUCCUGAUUUCUCAGGCAAAGGCACUUUCUCGAGAAUGUUCUCAUGGCCAUUUAUCUCCAAACAGAAUGUGCUCCAAACUGUCCUACAUUCGCAAACUGAGCUAUGCCGUGUAA